AUGAUGUGGCACGACAGCCAGCCAAGUGGGGAACGCCUGACCAACAGCCUUCAGGAUGUCUUGUCGCAUACUCAACAAGCCAAGCUUGGCUUGGCGAGAGCACUGGUAGCAAACCCCGAUGUUCUCGUGCUGCACAAGCCCGGGAUGCCCUAUGACGACCGGACCUCGCACAUGGUGUUGGAAGUAAUCAGAAGCCACGUUGCGAAUCGCGGUCUUGGCUAUCCAAGCGACCCCAUGACGAGGUCGCCACGUACUUGCUUGUUUACCAGUUCGAAACGAUACGGUCUGCAGCUCGCAGAUCGAAUUUACCUCAUAGGGCCUACCGGUGAAAUUCGCCAGGUCUCCGCUGACGAAGUCACCGAGGGAAUGCUGGCAUAG